AUGUUUUCUCAUUAUCGUUCUUUGGUCAAAAGCACUAUUUCUGUAACUUACGACAAUUAUCGGAAUCGUGUGGAGUCACAAUUUGCUAAGGAACCUAAGUCAUUUUGGAGUUUUAUUGGAGAGAAGCGCUCAAGGCGUAGCAAAACAUGUAUUAUCAGGAACGGCAUAUCUUUGUCAGGGUACGAGUGUGCUCAAGAGUUCGCGAACUAUUUUAGUUCCGUUUACGGGGAGGAAGAGCCAAGACUGGACCCAUCCGCGGCGGUGCUUUCGGCACCGGAACGUGGUGCGCGCGUGCACGUGGGUCAGCUAUCCCCUAGAGAAGUUCGAGCUGCCCUUCUUCGUCUUGAGCCGAAGCGGUCGGUAGGUCCGGAUGGGAUCCCUCCAUUUAUUGUAAAAGACUGCCGGCAAUUGCUAGCUCGCCCACUGGGACACUUAUUUAAUCUUUGUUUAAAAGAAAAUGUUUACCCUGAUGGAUGGAAAUUGACGAGGGUGACUCCGGUUCCCAAAGGGGCUCCUAGUUCGGAUGUGAGUGGAUACCGGCCUGUUGCAGUAUUGUCUACGUUUGCAAAGGUUUUUGAGUCCGCGUUAUCUGCAAGUAUAACUUCACAAGUGAGUGCACAUUUCUGUGAUGAGCAGCAUGGAUUUCGUGGGGGUCGUGGUACUAGCUCUAACCUCAUGUGUUUUAUGAAUUAUGCUACACAAGCCCUCGACUCGGAGGCUGGUGCCCAACUGGAUAUUGCCUAUUUUGACUUCAAAAAGGCCUUUGACAGCGUUAAUAAUGACAUACUGUUAACCAAAUUUGCGAUGGCAGGGUUCACGCCAGAUUUACUCCAGUUUUUUGCGAGUUAUCUCGGGAACCGAAGGCAAUACGUCGACUACUGUGGACAUGUAUCAGACCAAUAUCGCACGCUAUCUGGUGUAAGCCAGGGUAGCAACCUUGGGCCAUUAGAAUUUAUUCUAAUGAUUAAUGAUCUACCAGAGGUGGUCCAGAAUGCGUGUUGUUUGCUCUUUGCUGAUGACUUAAAGCUUUUUCUACGUGUGGUCGAUAAAGAGGAUUGUAAGCGCCUACAAAAUGACAUUGAUCUGGUAAUUGAUUGGAGUCGGAAAAACAAACUCUUCUUCAAUGUCAACAAGUGCAAUAUAAUGUCUUGCACGCGUGCCAUGUCUCCGGUGCAUCAUCGAUACCACAUGGAAGACAGUGUCAUGCCUCGUGUUGAAUCGGUCCGGGAUUUGGGAGUGCUUAUGACCAAAGAUUUGUCAUUCAGGGAGCAUAUCGCGAAGGUUUGCUCUAAAGCUUACAGAAGUUUGGGUUUUGUAAUGAGAGAGACAAAGGAUUUUAAAAGUAUAGCAACAAUAAAAAUAUUAUACAAUGCUUUGGUUAGGAGUCAAUUAGAGACGAGUGCUAUAAUCUGGAACCCCCAUGAGAUGAAAUACAGCCUCAUGGUGGAGAAGAUGCAAAACAAGUUUACUCGGUACCUGUACCUAAAACAAUAUGGAGUGUACCCGUAUUACCCACUCAUGUAUCCUUCUCUGUUUGUUAUUGGCAUGGUGGGAUACUAUAAGCUGGAGGUCAGGCGAGAGGUUGCACUCGCAAAGUACGUGUUUGAGGUUUUCCGGGAUCCAGCAGAAGGGGACAAAGGAGAAGAAAUCCUGGUGGCCACGACAGACCUGGAGCCAGAACCUGAAGAGAUCCAGUUCACGGAGACUUCAUAUACCAGUGCUUCCUUCGAGUCCCUGCCUCCGUUACCCAUCGAAGACUCGAAACCUAAAAAGAAAAAGAAGAAAAAGCUAGGGGAGAAAGAGUCGUCAAUAGUGAAACAUCGAUCGAGUAGUGAAAUGUUCCAGGUUUCUGAAGAAUCACUAUUACCUGUUUCUGAAUUAGAACCGAAACCAGUUGUGAUACCGAAACCAGAACCGGAGAAGAAGAAGAAAGGAAAGAAAGGGAAGAAGGAUAAGGAAGAGAUACCGGAUUUUGAAAAGCCAAAAGCAUGGAAGAAGAUGAAUAAGAAAGAUAGAGAUGCCUGGCUCGUUCAAAGGAUAGAAGAGUGGAGAGCGGAAAAGGAAGCUGAGAAACAAGCAAUCCUGGCGGGAGCAAAGGAGAAACGCGCCGCCCUGAUCAGGGAGCGCAAUGAGAUGAUGGCUGCUGAAAUAAUGGAGCAAGAAGUCAGAAGAGAUGUGCUGCAGAAGGCCGUCAACUUGUUUCAAGGUUAUGAAAGACAAAAAAUAAAGUACGAACAGAAAAAGCAAAAGGAUGCUGAGUGGCUACAAUAUCUUCGAUGUGAUGGACUCCCAGACCCUCGCAUAGUCACAGAGCUGAACACCUUCCUCCACCUCUGGCAGCAGAAUGAAAAGGCCGAUGACAAUGAACUGGACAGGAAGUUCCUGGAAGUUCUGCCGAUCUUAGAUAUGCUGGAAACAUUUCUCAACAACGCAAGACAGUACACACAAAGACAGAUUGAGAACUACGAUGAGGUCCGUCUAGCUCUCAGGGCUCAAUUAGCCAGCGCUAUAGAAAUGGCUUCCUAUUCCUUACUGCGAAAUAUAGAGAAAAAUCUAGUUUCUGAGUCGACAAAAGUAUCAACUUAUCAGAGGGAGUUCAAAGGUAUGCGGCUAAACAUCUGGGUUGCUAUAAAAUGGCCCACCAAGAAACCGAAACCAGUGGAACAUGAGCCGGAACCAGUAGAACUGUCGUUUCCAUCAAUGAAAGUGUCAGUAAAACUACCGAAAAUAAUUGACGGCUCCUGUAUCUGCGUGCGCGCAGCUCGAUCCGAAAUAGAUCUCCUUAGUGAACUUUCGCAAAGUUUCGCUCUAAAAUCGGAUAUUCCGAAACGAUAUGAAGAUCUCUUUUCAUUCAACGUGAAAGAACUGAUUGAAUCUCAAAAACUGAAAAAGUCACAGGACGAGGCGAGAACAAAAUUCUAUAGGGAAGUUCGUGAGAGAGUGCGUGAAUUGGAGGCUAUCAUCAAAGCUAAUAUAUACCUGCAAAAUCUAAAAGAGAAAGAGGAAUUGGAUAUUUUGAACAUGUCUGAGGCACCUUACGUAUCUCCACCGAGAGUAAAACCUAUUUUUUCAACAGAAAUCGAUUUUAAAAAGUAUUUGCGGUCGUGCAAACCCAGGAUACGAAUUGGCGAACUAAAUCUGAGGCGAUAUAGGAUCUGUGGUGGAGUUCUCAAUCUGGAUUUGAUAGUAACUCCUCCACAGCCGAAACGGAUGCGGCAUUCAGUUAUUGUGACUACAUUACAACUACCAAAAUGCUUGACUGCUGUAAAAUACCAAGUGCAAUACAAGGCCCCUGGACCCCCACCGCCGGGGGUCACACGGACCCCAGAGGAGAUUGAACAGGAGAUCAAAAUGGUUGAGGCUCAAUAUGAAAAGUUAGCCAUGGUCUUCAUUGAUCUCCCUCAAAAUGUGAUGUGGAAUGAGCCGCCAGUGGUCUGUCAAUGGCACGACGCUCGCAAAAUUUGGACGUCCAACUACGUGAACGAUUACAAGUUUAAUGAAGACAAACUGACUAUACAAUUCCGGACUGGAGUUCUUUGGCCUAUUGGUAUCGCGACCUUGAGGUACAGUAACCUGCCGUACCAAGCGUGGGAUAUUAAACCGGAUCCAGAUGGACGCGGCGUACUGAUCACGGUGACGGGUCUCUGUGUGACCGUCACCUUCGUCUGCGUGAGUAACUGGGUGAAGCUGAAGUCUGUCGCCAACGCCUCCACGGCAGCGCUGUCUGAACACUUCAACAAGCGUUACUCCGUGAAGCAGUUGGUUCGGAUAAUGCGCGAAGCUGCCUGCGACUUCUUCCCGGACUUCGACGGCCACAACCACGUGAAAGGAUCGUCUCCCAAGGAAUGGGUGAUGGAGAGGCACACGUACCAUGCCAUGGCAUUCCUAUCCAGGGCUUAUAACUUCCAGUCUAGCAGAUGGAAUCAGUCAGCAGGCUACCGUAACAUCGUGGUACAAAGCAGAGAGAAUGUCGACAUGAAACGAGCGUCGAAACUCCAACUGAUGAUGAUAAAUCCUGAAAGAGCUGUGUUAUUGAAAUGCACGGAGCAAGCAAAUGAGAUCAACUUUGAUUCACAACCUGGAUUGAAGUUCUUUCCCGGAGUCUUCACGUUCAACAUGCUCUACGGGUCAGUCGACGCACGGAGAAUGACAUUCAAUAUGAAAUUCAAACUUGUAGAAACUGUCUUCGAACUACUACAAGAAAUUAAACCUUGUAGUUACUCAUAAGAUGAAUUUAAGUCCCUGCUAACCGGACUCCAAGUAGUCCAAUGUAUAUGAAUAACGAAUUUAAGUGUAAUUUAAUUGCUAAUACGGCCCCAAGUAAACCAGACGCCUUAGUACGAGUUUGUUGUACGUUUAAUCGAAAGGAGUAUGCGUACGGCACUCUGAUUGGCCGGCACCAAUGAAGCAACCAAUCAGAGCGCCGAACGCGUACUCGUACGAGUAAAUCAAACUCGUACUAAGGCCUCAGGCAAGGGAUCCAUGCAAGUUUGGAAGUGAAUAUAAGUCAAACUGUCAACGAGGCCCCAAAUAAAACAGACUUAUCAGGGCCCCUUACUCUUAGACUGGGCCCCAACGCAGGGCUGUCACUAGUCAAUGUUGCCAAUGAAAAAAUAUUAUCUAUCCGUGUUUUUAUU